CUCAUCACUCGUGUGUUUACUUGUUUGCUAUAUUUCUUGUGAUACCCUCGUCUAUUUAUAUUAUUCGCUUUUUUACAUCUCCUCGAAACAACUCUAUUCUUGUUCUCUGUUGGGAUUCAAAUAUCGAAACAACUGUACAAGUCACCACACUCACAUAUCUACUUACCUACUCUGGUCUCUCUUUAUCUUGUCGCCAUCACCAUCAAUCACCAUCACAACACACCCACACAUACACACAUACACACAUACGAAAUGAAGAUCUCAACCACACAAAAAUCGGCACUGGCCACCGCCGCCGCCCUCCUCCUGGCCAACCUUGCGACAGCCCACCCCCACCACAGGAUACACAAGCUCGGCUGUCGCUCUACCGAUGGCGAGCAGAUCGCCUCCAUGAUAGCUUGCGGCCAGCCAGAGGACGUCCGCGGCUGCCUCGAGCACGUUGGAGUGGACGCGGCGGUAUUAGAACUAUGUUUGCUGGAAGCGGGCUGUGGGCUUGAGGAGAGCGAAACCGAGGCAUUUUGGGCAGCGGAGAGAUGUCGAGGGGAAGAGAACACAGGCGAGGAGGGUGAUGACUAUGAGGAGGAUGAUGAGCAAGAGGGACAGGAUGCUGGAGACCAGUACGUGGUCGAGCUGAGGGAGCUGCACCGCCGCGCCGACAGCACCACGACGACAGCCUCCUCGACGGCGACGUCGACGGCGUCCACCAGUACCUCCUCGACGGACACGACGACAUCGACAGCCACUUCGGCCACUACCACAUCCUCCUCCUCAGCGACCAGCACCUCAGCCACCUCCACCUCCAGCUCGGCCUCUGCAGCAAGCACCACUUCCAGCACAUCGGCAUCGUCCUCCACAGCCAGCUCAACCUCCUCCAGCACAUCGUCCACGACCUCGUCAUCCGCAUCCUCAACGUCGACAAGCAGCUCCAGCAGCUCGUCGGACGAGUUCCCCACGAUCGGCUACUUCGUCGCCGCCCUGCUGGCGCUGUUCGUGGCGGGGUGUGCUAGCUUUAUCUGCUUCUCGUGCUGUGCCGAGCGGCGAAGAAGAAAGGCGGCCAUUAGGCGGGCGGAGGCUAAGGAAGCGCUGGCCGAUAUGCAUUCGUAGGAUGGCGGGCAAAAAUCAUGAUAAAUUUCUUGUGUUCAGUUUCAAUAUCAAUCAAGCGGUUCAAUCUC